GCCUUUGUCCUGUAGUGUCGAGUUGUGUACAAAACAACCUCAUCUCUUAGUGGAUGGGUAAGAUGGAUUGGUGGAGCUCCCUCUGAAUAAUUGUUUUUUCAUUCCAUUCUAUUCUAUUCUAUUCCUCUUCCCAGCCGCCCUCCUCCUCGGAGCUUAAACAGUUAAGAACAUGGAGCCCAAAUUCGAUGAUGGCCAUUCUAUUACCGUAAAUCUCUUGGAUGGACAUCAAAAACUCCACCAAAAGCCCGUUUCCGGCCAGACAUCCUUUUUCAAGACCUGUUUCAACGGCAUCAAUGCAUUGUCAGGAGUUGGUAUACUGUCAGUCCCAUAUGCAUUGGCGUGUGGAGGAUGGUUGAGCUUGAUGUUUCUGUUGAUAAUCGCGGCAUCAACCUUCUAUACAGGCUUACUAAUUCAAAGGUGCAUGGUCAUGGAUUGUAGGAUAAAGAGCUACCCAGACAUUGGUGAGCGCGCUUUUGGAAGUGUAGGAAGGACUGUUGUAUCCAUAGUUAUGAACUUGGAGCUUUACAUGGUGGCCACUGGGUUCUUGAUCCUAGAAGGGGAUAAUUUGGACAAUUUGUUGCCAAAUUUGAAGGUGGAGAUAUGGGGGAUUGUGAUUGGUGGGAAAUCCAGUUUGGUUAUUUUGAUUGGGUUGGUGAUAUUGCCCACUGUUCUGUUGAACAAUAUGAGUAUUCUGUCUUAUAUAUCUGCUAGUGGAGUAAUUGCUUCGGUUACGCUUCUGGGGUCAAUGCUGUGGGCUAGUGCAACAGAUGGGAUUGGUAUUCAUGCAGAUGAUGUGGUUCUUGAUUGGAAGGGAAUCCCCACUGCUGUUAGCCUCUAUGCCUUUUGUUACUGCGCUCAUCCUGUUUUCCCCACUCUUUACACUUCCAUGGAAAAUCCCACACAGUUCUCAAAGGUUCUGAUUCUCUGCUUUGUAGUGUGCACCAUUAGCUACGCAUCAAUGGCCAUUCUGGGGUACCUUAUGUUCGGUCCAAACGUCCUGUCUCAAGUAACCCUAAACCUCCCCACCCACAAACUCAGCUCCAAAGUGGCCAUUCUCACCACACUCAUCAACCCAAUAGCCAAGUACGCAUUAAUGGUAAAACCCCUAGUGAAUGCAAUGGAGAACCUCUUUGCAUCCCAUUGCAGCAAAAAGGGGUCCAGCCUGGUGAUCAGAACCAGCUUAGUAAUCAGCACAGUGAUUGUGGCCGUAGCCAUUCCCCUCUUCGGCUACUUAAUGUCACUUGUGGGGGCUUUCUUGAGCAUAACAGCAUCUGUUGUCCUGCCUUGCCUGUGCUUCUUGAAGAUCUCUGGGAUAUACCGCACACUGGGGGUGGAGAUGAUAAUGGUGUUUGUGAUUAUGGUGAUGGGUGUAGCUAUCAUGGUUGUAGGGACUUACACGUCUGUGCUGGAAAUCGUUGGCCAUUUGUAAACCAAAUUGCUCUUGAUGAUAGGUUGCUAGGAAGGUGGUGUUUGUCGUUUCUCGGUUGUACAAGUUUUCUGUAACAUUUUGUUUUGUGACUUUGUGUACGUGGAAGUCAUGUUAACAUCAUCUUAACUUUAAGUCACAUUUUGUUGUUUAGUUUUGGCUAUUUGAAGUUCCCCAAUUUAUAUCAUGAACCUGGGUCUGUAUAA